AUGCCUAUGAUCGAAGUGCUCGCCAACGAUCGUUUGGGGCGCAAAGUGCGAGUCAAAUGCUCACCAGAAGACACCAUCGGCGACCUGAAGAAGCUCAUUGCAGCACAGACGGGCACGCCACCGCAAAAAAUCAUCCUCAAGAAAUGGUACACCGUGUACAAGGAUCACAUCACACUGGCUGACUACGAGAUUGCAGAUGGAUUCUCGUUCGAGAUGCAUUGA